GAGGGGCGGGCGGCUGGGCCGAGGCGGCGGGUGCCGCUGGGGCUGAGGCAGGACUGGGCGGAGAGGGAAGGGGCAGAGCCGCGCGGCGGAGAAGGAGAAGCGUCUGCGAGGCGCCGAGUGCUGAGGCGCGGGCCUCUCUCAGCUGCGGCCGUUGCGGAGCGCGCUGCUUGCGGCCUCAACAUGGACGAAGAGGGCGGCGGAGGUGGCUGCGUGCCUGAUGACCUCUCCAUAGAAGAAAGAGAAGAGCUUUUAAAUAUUCGUCGCAGGAAAAAAGAGUUGAUUGAUGAUAUUGAGAGAUUAAAAUUUGAAAUUGCUGAGGUUAUGACAGAAAUUGAUAAUCUGACUAGUGUAGAAGAAAGCAAAACUACUCAAAGAAAUAAGCAAAUAGCCAUGGGAAGGAAGAAAUUCAACAUGGACCCUAAGAAGGGAAUACAGUUUCUGAUAGAAAAUGACCUCCUGCAGAACACUGCAGAAGACAUUGCACAGUUCCUUUAUAAAGGAGAAGGAUUAAAUAAAACGGUAAUUGGAGAUUACCUCGGUGAAAGAGAUGAAUUUAAUAUUAAAGUUCUUCAGGCUUUUGUUGAACUCCAUGAGUUUGCUGAUCUCAAUCUUGUACAAGCUUUAAGGCAGUUUCUGUGGAGCUUCAGACUCCCAGGAGAGGCUCAAAAAAUUGAUCGUAUGAUGGAAGCUUUUGCUUCACGCUACUGCCUUUGUAACCCAGGAGUCUUCCAGUCUACAGAUACAUGCUAUGUGCUUUCAUUUGCGAUCAUUAUGCUGAAUACCAGUCUGCACAACCACAAUGUAAGAGAUAAACCAACCGUAGAGAGGUUUAUUUCUAUGAAUCGUGGAAUUAAUGAAGGUGGAGACCUUCCAGAAGAAUUACUACGGAAUUUAUAUGAAAGUAUUAAGAAUGAGCCAUUUAAGAUCCCAGAGGAUGAUGGAAAUGAUCUAACGCAUACAUUUUUCAAUCCAGAUAGAGAAGGCUGGCUGCUGAAACUAGGGGGAAGAGUAAAAACGUGGAAACGGAGAUGGUUUAUUCUGACUGAUAAUUGCCUGUAUUACUUUGAAUACACAACAGACAAAGAACCAAGAGGAAUUAUUCCAUUAGAAAAUCUUAGCAUAAGAGAAGUUGAAGACCCUAGAAAACCAAACUGCUUUGAGCUCUACAACCCUAGUCAUAAAGGUCAGGUAAUUAAAGCGUGUAAAACUGAAGCUGAUGGUAGAGUGGUGGAAGGCAACCAUGUAGUGUACAGAAUAUCUGCUCCCACCCCAGAGGAAAAGGAAGAGUGGAUUAAAUCUAUCAAAGCAAGUAUUAGCAGGGAUCCCUUUUAUGAUAUGCUGGCAACAAGGAAACGAAGAAUUGCGAACAAGAAAUAGAACAUGAUCAGCAGCUUUUAUACCUGCCUCAACCUAUAAAUGAGCAUGCAGUUGAAUGAUAAUGUAAAAAUUGGACAAACUAAAUGAAGACAAGAACUGUAAUUUUUUAUAUAUAUGUACACUUUAUUAUAACAUAAAAAACUUGGCAAGACCUUUCAGGGUAAACAGUUACUGGCAAAUGAUUUCAAGUAUGCUUUAAAUCUCAGAGGAUGAUUAUACUGGAACUUAAUUCAACCAAAAACAUGGAAGCUUUGUUUUUACUUAUAUUAGCUACAGCUCCAGUUUACUUGGGUUGGGAGGGAAAGAAUUUGAGCCUAAUAGUAAAAUGUCCUAUAGCUGUUAUUUGAGCAUGUGUCCCAUAAAAGGAGGAGCGAUUGUAAGACUUUCAUCUCUCAUUAAAAUGCAGUACGGAAAGUGGA